AUUACAUCACCAACUGAAGCUUGACAACUCUCACUUCAGCAGUACUGGUACUCUUGGAAAUGGCGCUUCCCAACUCGUCUACGCCCCUUCUACCGCGAGGUUCGACUUUUGUAACACCCUCGCUCCUUUGGAAGGCGGGGGCUAUUCUUGCUACUACAGGAAUGAUUGCUGGCGCAUUUGGUUCCCAUGCAUUGAAGCGCAGACCAGGCAUCACACCCGAAGGCUUGUCCGCCUGGGGAUCGGCGUCUCAUUACGCGAUAUUCAAUGGCCUGGCCUUGUUUGUGCUCUCGAUGCAUCCUCGAUUUUCGACGCACAAGUUCGCUGGCCCUGCGAUUGCAGGAGGAGGCUUUGUCUUCUCUGGCUCCAUCAUAGCGCUUGUUCUGUGGAAAUUGAAGUUCCUUGGACCUAUCACUCCCUUGGGCGGUAUAUUUAUGAUUGCUGGGUACAUUACACUGGCACUCUAGAUCAGCCAUUCCGUAUUACCUAGGAUGUUCCCAAGCCUUGGUCUUGCCGUGGGCCAUCGUCCCAUCCUGGUUGUAUGUCAGUAUAUGACACUUUGGAAACAUGCGCAUUGUAUACUACUUUUCACACUCUCGUGGUGCAGGACGUAUUUUUCCUUGUGUCGACAAAUGUCCAUAUAUAUCAUACUCAGUUCCAGUU